AUGGGAGGCCUGUGGAUCUGCACCCUGCUGCUCUGUGCUUGCCUGUUGGGAUGUCCCGGCCUGACUCCCUCCGCUGAGGUCCCACAAUCCCACAGCCAGACCCCCAAACUGGGCUUCAACAGCAGUGAUGGCAGCCUGUCUCUGGAUCUCCCCAUGGCGCUGAGGGUUUUCAGUGUGGACUACCACCAUGUGCAGGCACCGUUUGAGAUUGUGCUGUGGAUCAUGCUGGCCUCGCUGGCCAAGCUGGGCUUCCACUGGUCAGGUCGUGUUCCAGCGGUGGUCCCGGAGAGCUGUCUCCUCAUCAUGGUAGGCCUGCUGGUGGGAGGCGUUAUUUAUGGUGUCCGCCACUCGGCCCCCCCGACUCUCAGUGCCGAUGCUUUUUUCCUGUUCCUGCUCCCUCCCAUCGUAUUGGAUGCAGGCUACUUCCUGCCAGGGAGACUGUUUUUCGAGAAUCUUGGCACUAUCCUCUGGUAUGCAGUUCUGGGAACCCUCUGGAAUGUGCUGGGUAUCGGCCUGUCUCUGUACGGUGUGUGUCUUCUGGCCCAGGGCUCUCUGGGAGACGUUUCUCUCCUUCACUGCCUGCUGUUUGGCUCUCUGAUUGCAGCCGUGGACCCAGUGGCUGUACUAUCUGUCUUCCAGGAGAUCCACGUCAAUGAACAGUUACAUAUCUUGGUGUUCGGAGAGUCACUGCUUAAUGACGCCGUCACUGUGGUGCUAUACAAACUGUUUGAGUCCUUCCUUCGUCUGCCGUCGGUGUCGGGGCUGGAUGUGUUGUUGGGGGGCUGCAGGGUGGUGGUGGUGGGCCUGGGUGGCCUGUUUAUAGGCCUUUUCUUUGGCCUGGUGGCGGCCCUCACCUCAAGGUUCACCUCCAGAGCCCAGGUCAUCGCUCCACUCUUCGUCUUCCUCUAUUCUUAUUUGUCCUACCUGACCUCAGAGAUGCUUCAUCUGUCUGGUAUCAUGGCCAUAGUGACGUGUGCUGUGACCAUGAAGCAGUAUGUGGAGGCUAAUGUGUCAGAGCGCAGCAACACCAGCAUCCAGUACUUCCUGAAGAUGUGGAGCAGCGUGAGUGAAACCUUAAUAUUCAUCUUCCUGGGCGUGUCGACCAUACAGGAUGUUCAUAUGUGGAGCUGGCCCUUCGUCUGCUCUACGCUGCUGCUCUGCCUCAUCUGGAGGGCCACAGGUGUCCUGUUGCUGACUGCUGUGGUGAACAAGCUCCGGAGGAAUGCUGUGACGUUCAGAGAUCAGUUCAUCAUCGCCUACGGUGGCCUGAGAGGGGCAAUCUGCUUCUCCCUGGUCUUCCUGAUUGAUGACUUCCCAAAGAAGAGACUCUUCAUCACCACAACCAUUGUAGUCAUCCUCUUCACUGUGUUUGUACAGGGGAUGACCAUAAAGCCACUAGUGGAGCUGCUGGAAGUGAAGAGGAAGAAGAGAGCUCUGCCUACUGUCAGCGAGGAGAUCCACAGCAGGCUCAUAGACCACCUGCUAGCGGGGAUAGAGGAUGUGGUCGGCUACUGGGGACAGCACUACUGGAAAGACAAGUUUGAGCAGUUCAACAGGAAGUACCUUCGUCGCUUCCUGAUUCGUGAGGAUAACCAGGCUCGCUCCAGCAUCCUCCGAGUUUACCAGGAGCUGGAGAGAAGGGAGCAGAGGGGAGAUGAGGAGGCGCCACCAGUCGUUGACCCUCGCUCUCCAAGCCGUCCGCUCCUGCCAGAGGAGAUGGACAGCAUCAGACGUAUCCUCUCAAGAAACCUCCACAACUUCAACAACAAGCAGACACCAGCCUACAGCAGACACACUCUCCACCAGGACGCCACCAUGGACAGAACAAGGAAGCCCCUUCGAAGACACCAGAGUCUGGGAGAGAGAUACUCAUAUAAUUUACACACACACUGGCUACAGGGGGAGGAUGGGGAGUUCAGUGGAUCACACAGAGUGAGGGCAGGACUCUGCAGGUCUCACACAGUGUGCUCAAUGAGCCCCAGGCCAGUCCUCCAGGACUCACCCAGCCCAGCAGCCCCAGUUCAGAUUGGGCCAGUGGACUCGGACAACCCAGCACCCCCAGCUCAGAUUGGGCCAGUGGACUCAGACAACCCAGCACCCCCUGCUCAGAUUGGGCCAGUGGACUCAGACAACCCAGCACCCCCUGCUCAGAUUGGGCCAGUGGACUCUGACAACCCAGCACCCCCUGCUCAGAUUGGGCCAGUGGACUCAGACAACCCAGCUGCCAAAGAGGACCAGGUCUUCCCACAACACCAAGCACCUGUGGCAAGAGCCCCCAAGAAACAACUUAGCUUUGCUUUGGAGAACGAGAAGCAGGAAUAG